CAUCAUGUGCCCAUUGCAUUACUGACAUUGAAAAAAAGUGUCUUUAACUUUACAUUAACAUAUAUGUUUUUACUUGAAAUAAUGAUGUUGUUUAUUCUAAAACCCUCAGAUGAUAUUUACUUGCUGUCCGUGAUUGCCAACUCCACCCGUGUGCCGGUUGUCGGAGACAGCCUGAAAGUGACUUGUUCGGCCAAUAGAUGGUUGUACAGCUCCGUCAGUUUGUACAUGCUGACACCUGACCUCAAGCACAGUCCGGUCACUCCUGUGCAGCAACAGAACAGCACAGCUGCUGACCUGUCCUCUACUGCCACCAGUGCUGCCACCUCUGGAUAUUCCUACAGUACGACAGACAGCGAUCAUAUGACGGCAACUGACCUGGGGCAGUCCCAGGUGAUGACUACAGGGGCAUUCAGGACAAGUUGGCCGAGAAUAGUUCACAGAAUAAUUGGCAAUCAGAUUCAAGUCACAAUGGAGUGGGAGAGUCUGCAGAACUCAGAUGUCGGUGAAUACAUUUGUAAAGCCACCACUUCUUUUGAUAAUGCUGACCACAUUGCUGUCUACAACCUGUCCUUGAAUGAAAUCUUGGUACCUGUGCUACAUGGACCUACCAGUGGUUCCCGAGUCAGCAUUGUCAGCAUCGGUUCAUCAACUGUCUUCACCUGCAACAUCACCGGCUACCCUCCGCCAAAGGUCACCUGGUUCAAGGAUGAACAGCCAGUCAUUCUCAACAACACAGCCCACUAUACCGUCUCUGACAGUAACCCCUUUAGCCUCACCAUUCAAAAUGCCACUCUGGCUGACCAGGGCAACUAUCAGUGUAUGGGCAGCAACUAUGGAGGCAGAGUUUGGAGUUCCAACAUGACCCUCAUUGUUGGAGUUGAAUCUAGUCAGGCUGCCCUGUCUCCGGUACACAUCGGUGUUAUUGUGGGUGUCCUGCUGAUCAUCGUUGGUGUCUUUGUGUUUAUCAUCAUCAAAAUCAAGCGCUCCAAGUCGGGAUUUCACAAAGAGCUUGAACAGUACCUGAUUCAGCCACAUGGGGAUUACAACCCAGAUCUGCCAAUAGAUGAACAGACAGGUUGUCUGCCCUAUGAUGAAAAGUGGGAAUUCCCGAAGGAAAGAUUACGCCUAGGAAUGAUCCUUGGUCAGGGAGCAUUUGGCAGAGUUAUGAAAGCUGAAGCCAUUGGACUAGAGGAGGGGAAAGAUGUCACUGUGGUGGCGGUGAAGAUGGUGAAAGACUGCACAGAUAAAGAGCAGAUGAUGGCUUUGCUGUCUGAGCUGAAGAUACUCAUCCAUGUAGGACAGCAUUUGAACAUUCUCAACUUGCUGGGGGCAGUCACCAAGAAUAUCAGAUUUGGUGAACUGUAUGUGAUUGUGGAGUACUGCCACUUUGGCAACUUGCGCAACAUCAUGGAUGACAUCGAUGGCCCAGCAUUUGAAGAAAACAGUAAAGCAACUGAGGCCAAGGGUGCAAAGAAAGACCCAUACUAUGUCAACAAAGCCGGGGGUCCUAGGGGCAGCAUAGACAUCCUGGGUCCUAGCCUCACGACCAGAAAUUUGUACUGCUGGGCAUUUCAAGUGGCCAGGGGCAUGGAGUAUCUGGCAUCUAAGAAGUACAUCCAUAGAGACCUGGCAGCCAGGAACGUGCUGCUAGCAGAGGAUAAUGUGGUCAAGAUCUGUGAUUUUGGCCUGGCCAAGGACUUAUACAAGGACCCAGAAUAUCACAAGAAAGGAGAUGGACCUGUUCCAGUGAAAUGGAUGGCUCUGGAGUCAUUUACACACCGGAUAUACACCACAAAGAGUGACGUGUGGUCCUAUGGUAUACUUCUCUGGGAAUUGUUUUCCUUAGGAGGCAAUCCAUAUCCUGGCAUUGAGAUCAAUGAAAAAUUCAUUGGACUCCUCAAGUCUGGCUACCGUAUGGAGAAGCCACCUUAUUCUAGUGAUGAGCUGUACAAAGUGAUGUUACAGACUUGGAAAGUGGAUCCUGAUGAACGGCCAUCUUUCUCACAGCUGGUCUCACAAAUGGGUGACUUUCUAGAGAGCAAUGUUAAGCAGGUAAGACAUGUUGUUUAUGUGCAGGUGCAGACAGUUGCUGACGUUCAUCAGCCCGAAGACAAUGACAGCGGACACUGCAGCAGCUAUGAAGGAGGUGGGCCGGCACCUGUCGGAGGAGUUGACAACGAUGAAUACCUAGUUCCUAUUUGUCCAGAUAAUUCAUACAGCCUAGAAAGUAAGCCAAAGCAAAACUCAUACAGUGUUGACAAAAAGGCCAAACUGAAUCUCUACAGCAUCGACAGGAAACCAAAACAGAAUGUUUACACUACUCCAGGUAAAGCAGCACACUCACCUGUCUCACCUUCUGAGACAACAGCCAAAUUUGGAGCCACACUAGCGAUGGCACCCGAGCUGCGGAAACCGAAACCAUUAGCGGUUGUGUACGACAGCUCCAGCAGAAACAGCGGUGGUGCAAGGGUCGGGGACAAGAGCCGAUUUAGCCAGGGAUCAUCUCCUUCUUACCCUGAAGAUUACAGAAACUCAACACAUGGAGAUUCUGCUGGUUUUACACCCAGCCCUUGUGAAGCCAACACAAGCAGUGUCUCGCCUCCGCCACCAACACCUGGAUCUGUUUCCAGCCCGAUCUCCCUGCCCUCAAAGUCCAAACUUAGUGAUUUUCCUAGGUUUCAGAGCAGUACUAGAGUGUAUGGAGCAGGGCCAGCUUCAGCAAGUAGCAGAGGUGCUAUGCAAUCACCAGCUGUGGCUUCACCAGUAUCACCUUCAGCGAACCCAUUCGCCAGGUACCAAAUGUAUCGUCAUCCUUCUCAGUCACCAGAAGAAGCCUCUCAUCAGAGCUCAAGUCCAAACACAGAUCCUACCAGUGGCGCUAGUCAGCCUUUGCUGGAUGAAACGGUUCGAGUACGGCAAGUGAAAUCUCGGAAUGGUGUCGGACCUGGCAAGUUCAUGUCCAACACAUCCAGCGGAUACAACUCAGAUCUGAGCUCAGGCGAGCCAUCGCCCCCUGCAGACUACCGUGUCGUUUUGGAAGACGUAACGGAAACUGAUAUUUUAGUAUAG